AGGGAAUAUCAAACAACAAAAAAGUAAGAAAGAGCGGUAAGACAGAGACGGAGAAGAAGGAGAAGAAGAUUGUUAAGACGAAACCCUGUUGCUGUCCGUACAAUGCCGCCGAAGAAGAGUAAGGCAGAUGGAGAAGAAAAGGCGAAACCUUUAACGACGUUGGCGUCGUCUAGAGUGACUCGGAGCAUGGACAGUCGAACUCGAAGUCAGACUCAACAAAACGGUGCUAAAGCGGCUGGAUCCGCCACUAAGCCGGCGACGAAGAAGGCUAAGAGGAAGAAUUCAGCGAUUGAGACUGGGAGAGCCAAGAAGGGAAAGAAGGAAGAGGAAGUUGAAGAGCCAGAGGAAGCCGUUGAGGAGGAGGUUGAGAAGGAAGAGCCAGAGGUUGAGGACCCUACGAGAACCAAGAUUGUUAUAGAACACUGUAAACAAUGCAAUGCUUUCAAGACAAGAGCUAUUCAGGUGAAGGAAGCUUUGGAGGGAGCUGUUCCUGGCGUCACGGUGUCUCUUAAUCCUGAAAAGCCAAGGCGGGGUUGCUUUGAGAUCCGGGAGGAAGGUGGCCAAACAUUCAUCAGUCUUUUGGAGAUGAAACGUCCAUUUGCACCAAUGAAGGCACUUGAUAUGGAAGAAGUCAUCGAGGACAUCAUAAAGAAAGUCAAAUGAAUCUGUUCUUUGUUUCUGCCUCGGUCUCAGUUUAAUCAAUUAGGUUUCUGCAGAAGACUUUCUAGAGUAAUGUCAGAUUUGUUAGGUUCACUUUUAUUGUUUCGGUAUGAGCACUGUAAGUGCAGUCUCGUCGUUUGGCAAUGCAUGAUUAGUUGAUAGAGAAGGAUCUCUGUAGUUUUUGGGGUUAACUCGUAUUUGUAAGGCUAGUUUAUUAUUCAUCUCGUUGCUUGAAGCAAACCGAUGCAUAAGUGUUUUUUGUUGUUGGGACCAUGCAUGGUUCUAACAAUCUAUGCACUGGUUAAAGCAUGUUCUAACAC